AUGCUACCUGUGUAUCAUGCCCCCAGCAUCACAAUUGCCACCGACACCGCGGACAUUUCGCGGGUCGGCCAUGGGAUUGACGCCCUCACCAAGGGCGAGCUGGCGCAGUGUUACCUUCUCGAAACGUUUGAUAUGAGUAGCAUGUCGCUCUGCAGCCCUUGCCGCUUCUUUCAAGCCAAGAAGCCUGCUUGGCCAGGGGGAAAGGACGUUGAGGAUCAUCUCAAGUCUUCCGGGAACCCUGACCCCCAUCGUGCGCGCCCUGCCAAGCUCAAGACGCUCGUGGUGAGGGACGUCAGCUUGCAGGCCGUCCAGGGCAUCAAGGAUCUUCGCUUCCUAGUCGGCUAUGUCAAGAAGAAGCCGAACAUUUACAGUGCCUUGCGGGCCGUGGUGUUGCAACACAUGCAAGCUACGCAGAUCCUCCUUCAUGACCCGCACCUGCCCCUGGCAGCCUGUUCGGUCACGGACUUGAGUCACAAUCUGCAAUGCGCGUCCGAGGGAGCGCAAGUCUUGGUGGAGAUGGAGGACAGCCGCAGCGAGCGCUGCCAUGGACUGGAAGCUGGAGAAGGACUGGUGGUGUUUGUCAGGGUGGAUGCAUGUGGAGAAGGGGGAAACUUGGGAACAGGGGAGCAUUUGUGGACACACCUGGUUGGUCUAUAG